GGCCCUCCUCACCACUCCAUUCUUUCCUCUCACAAAACCCAGACCUCCAGUGACCCUCAGCCAUGAGGACCCUCGUUCUCUUCGCUGCCCUUCUCCUCCUGGCCUUCCAGGCCCAGGCUGGGACCCUGCAAGAGACAACUGACCAGGUUCCCACCCAGGACCAGCCUGAGGUCGAGCACCAGCACCAGCCCGGGGAUGAGGACCAGGAUGUGGCCGUCUCCUUUACAGGAGAGGAACGCAUCACUCGGGAGGCUGCAGGCCUUCCCGUACUAAGAAUCUGCAGAUGCCAACGGGGACUCUUCUGCAAGCCUACAGAACGUCCCUCUGGAAAGUGUUCAAUCCGUCACCGGAGAUACACACGAUGCUGUCGAUGAGCUCUUGGGAAGGGGUCCAAAACACUGCAUUGUUCACGGAAGACCUUUAGUCUUGUACCUGUACCUUUUCUUUUCCCUAGCUCCAAAAUAAACCUCAGGCAUUACACUGUU